AUGGUUUCAAUAUAUUUAUCAAGAAUAUUAUUUCUACUGAGAGGAUCUUUAAGUUGUUUAUUUUUUUCAUUAAUGUGCUUAAAAAGUGGGCAGGCUUGAUUUAUUGAGUGAGAAUUAUUAAGAUUAAAUUCUAGUUCUGUGGUAAUAACUUUAAUUUUAGAUUGAAUAUCUUUUAUAUUUUUAGGUUUUGUAAUAUUCAUUUCUUCUAUAGUAUUAUACUAUAGUGGAGAAUAUAUAGCUGGAGAUAAUAAUAUAAAUCGUUUCAUAUAUUUAGUAUUGGCUUUUGUAAUAUCUAUAGGGUUUCUAAUUAUUAGCCCUAAUUUAAUUAGAAUUCUUUUAGGAUGGGACGGGCUAGGACUGGUAUCUUAUGCUUUAGUUAUCUACUACCAAAAUGAAAAAUCAGCCAACGCUGGGAUAUUAACAGCUCUUUCAAAUCGGGUAGGAGAUGUAGCCAUCUUGUUGGCAAUUUCUUUAUUUUUUAGUCUUGGUGGGUGGAAUUUUUUAUUUUAUGUAGAUAAUUUACCUUCUAUAAAUAUAAAUGGUUUAUUGUGUGGUUUAGUAGUGUUGGCUGCUAUAACUAAAAGAGCUCAGAUUCCUUUUUCUGCAUGGCUACCUGCGGCUAUAGCAGCUCCUACUCCUGUAUCUGCGUUAGUUCAUUCUUCAACUUUGGUUACAGCAGGAGUUUAUUUAUUAAUUCGAUUUAGCCCUGCUUUAGAAGGACGACUGUCCCAAAGAGUAUUACUAUUACUAUCUAGCUUGACUAUAUUUAUGGCAGGGUUAGGAGCUAAUUUUGAAUAUGAUUUAAAAAAAAUUAUUGCUUUAUCUACAUUAAGUCAGUUAGGGGUAAUAAUAAGAAUUUUAUCUCUUGGUUAUGCUGAUCUUGCCUUCUUUCAUUUGUUGGCGCAUGCUUUAUUUAAAGCACUAUUAUUUAUGUGCGCUGGAGCUGUAAUUCAUAGUGUUAAAGACUAUCAAGAUAUUCGAAUAAUAGGAGGAUUAGUUUAUCAUAUACCUUUAACAGGGAUAUGUAUGAACUUAGCUAAUUUAGCUUUAUGUGGUACUCCUUUUUUAGCUGGGUUUUAUUCAAAAGAUAUAAUCUUGGAGGUCGCUUUUAUAUCUCCUAUUAAUAUGAUUUCUUUUUUGUUGUAUGCUUUGGCGACGGGAUUGACAGUAUGUUACACAAUACGUUUAGUUUAUUAUACUUUAUCAGGAGAUUUUAACUUGGGGAAUUUAUAUUCUAUUAACGAUGAAGGUAAAAUUAUAACUAAUCCUAUAAUCGGUUUAAGAGUAGGGGCUGUUUUUGGGGGUGCAAGUUUAGCUUGAUUAAUUUUUCCUUGCCCUUAUAUAAUUUGUAUAAGACCUUUUUUCAAAAUACUUGCUUUAAUUGUAAGAGUAAUUGGGGGAGUCAUUGGUUAUAUAUUGAAUUUAAAUGCUGUAAAUUAUCAGCUGAAUUCUCUAAAUAGUUAUGAGCUAGUUGUUUUUGGGGGCUCUAUGUGAUUUAUACCUUUUUUAUCUACUUACGGGUUAAGAAAAGGAUUUUUAAAAAGAGGAGAAACAUACCAGAAAGUAGGUGAUAUAGGAUGGUCCGAGUUUUAUGGAGGACAAGGUACUUAUUCUUUUAUUAUAACAAGAUCUAAAAGUUUGCAAACACUUCAAGAUAAUAGUAUAAAGGUUUAUAUAUUAAGUUUCUUACUUUGAUUAAUUGUUCUAUUAUUCAUCGUUAUUU